AUGCAAGAAUGGGAAGAGCCGCACCCCGGUCGACGUUUGUCUUGCCCGGCUGACACGCCGACCGAGUGGGUUACGUACAUUGGGGACGGAAGGGGUGGCAUGGCCGCAAAAGGCCAGAGGCCACGCGGCAUGGGCUUCGAUUCCGCCCGCCGGUCAUCCGACGCUGGUGGGCACGGGCACGGGCACAACUGGCACAGGAACGUCCGCGGGCGGAACCUGCCUAAGCAGCUGAUCAUAACCUGCUCGAGCCAUGACGAGAAGCCGGAAAUACAUACUGCUCCACUACCGCGCUCCCGUGCGGAGCUUUAUGGAAGCACCACUAUCAAGCAAAAUGCCAUCAUGGAGGCCACGACGCAUGAGCUGGAUGGGUUUUCUGCCGAUUUGACCGACAACGAGAGUGACACAACCAUGGUCUCGCCUUCCCCUGAAACAAGCGCCUGCUUCCAGGACUCUCCUGCUCAAGGGCUUCAAUUCACCGACUUCUCAAACUACCUGGGCGAUUGCAUGGACACCGACGAUACCGACCACAGCUCCUUCACUCUGGGCACAGAUACCGAUCUUUUCUCUGGCAGGGCCUCCGACGAGGACCUCUACGGGUGGGAUGCUGUUAUGGACCGCAGGUUCAUAAAUCCUUUUGAGGACUCGGUGACAGCAUCUCAAUCUAGACGCGGCAGCAGAUCGAAGCGCAGCUUGUUGCAACGAGUCUUAAGCUCCGGUGGGCUGUCUGCGCGGAAUUCGCUAUCAGACUCUUCGGGUCCCUACUCCUUUGCCGACGGCGAAGCACCGCCACCAUGCGGUUAA